UGAUUAUAAAAUGGCCUUGUCAAACACAACUUCUUGUGUUCUGCUGGAAAAAUGGUGUAAGGGAAAAUGUACUUUUAAUCUUUUAUGGAAAUUAACUAAUGCCUUGGGAUCAACUACUUACAGGUCUAACAACUUGGAAUUAUCGUGUGGUUUUCACCAAGCGAAUAACAUUAAGGUAGUGUUUGUUUUUGUAUCAUCACCUUGGCUUGCCUUCGCUAUGCUUUGAAAUUGAAGUACCAAACGACCUUGUCGGAAGCCGUAUCUUGUAAAACUUUAAAAUAGUACAAGCUUUACAAAUUCAUCUACACCUUAAAAUAUGUGAUUAAAAAAUACAUUAAUGUAGUUUUUAUAUUAAAAUAAUAAAUUAUUAAUACAGUUCAGUGAGUUUAACUGAGUUUACUGAGUGUAUGAUUACAGUCCAAAACUAUAACUAUAAUUACUUUGAAAAUGAUAGUAUUAGUAUAGAAGACUAUACUCUAAGACUGACUAACACUAACAGUGUUAGUAACACUGAAGGCCAGGCAUUGACUGAAGUUUGUUAUUUUUGUAAUAUUAUCAUAUAAUAUUAUGACAUAUAAUAUAAAAUAUAAUAUGACGCCUGCAUUUGGACACCUCACAAUUAAUCUGACAAUACAAAUUGCCAGAAUGAAAUGCCGGUAAAAGUGCAGUUCAGGUGCGUAUAUUAUUUCUUAGCGCAUUUCGUAUUUUAAAUUUUUUUUAUCAUGCAAACUUACGUGUAUUCUUUAAUAAUUAAAUCCAGGCAGUUAUAGUUAACUAAUUCUGAAUUAUAAAUCGCAUCUUUUCUUUUUAUUUUACUUCUAAAGAGUCUUUAAACAUCCCCCAACCAAAGUGACAGGGCCCCCAUUUGUUUGUAUUUUUCUUUUUACGCUAUGCCAGAUUUUUAGCCACCUAUAAGUUAGUAAUGCUAAACGAAAUUUUCAAACUAAGCAUGUUCACAAAAAAGAAUGAAAUACUAGAUUCUUCAUUACGCACAAGCGCCCCCCCCCCCAACUUUCUUUUUUCCCCUCUCAUAGAGCUCGGAAUAUAGGGGUUGUCCUUUGAAGUCGAGUCGGGGGGGGGGGGAUUAGAAAUGGAUCACUGACUAAGCAGUGGACACACACGUCAUCAUUGUCCUGGACCUGGUGUGAAGCUGAUCACCCUGAAGGCUGCUAAUACGCUGUCCGUGAUUGGUCAGCUCUAAUUUGAGCACCCCUCCUCUUUUUUCGUAUGCAAAUGCGCUUAUUACUGGUGACUGAUUUGCGCUGAGUAAAGUGAGGGCUAGUGAUUAUUUUUUUUAUAUUAUAAGACAGACUCGUUUUGGCUUUGCUGUAUUGCUGGUUGUAGGAUCAUUUUGUUUAAAAUUGCAGGACGACCAAGAAACAAUAACUAAAAUUGUUGAUGCAACAGGCAUUUUUACUGGUGCAGCAUUUGGUUUAUACGCCCACCUUGUGUGGCAACAAAUAACGUUAAUACAACUGGAAUUUCUCCAAAGGGGCUCGAAACAAUUGCAAUGUGGCUUGUAAGCUGGGUUCGUAUGUCAAGUGUGUGAGCUCCACAUAAUUACCGGGAUCUGCAUAUCACCCGAAACAGGAUCUCACCGUAACUGGUAUCCCGCCAGGAUCGGUAACCCACUGGAUCGGGAUCCCACCGGGAUCAGGAUCUCACUAGGGUCAAAAUCCUAUCGGGAUCGGAAUCUCACCAAAACAGGAUCCCACCGGAUUGGGAUCUCAUUUAGUUUGGGAUACCACCGAAAACGGAUCUCACCGGGAUCGGUAUCUUACCGGGAUCGGGAUCCCACCAUGACCAGGAUUCUAUCGGAAUCACAUUGGGUUCGAGAUCCCAUCAUGAUCCUUCCGGGUGCCAUCGGAAAACGGGAAAAACGAAAGGUUUACAUAAGUUAUUUUAAUUGUUUUUAAUAGGAGACAAAUUAAUUAUUAUUAUUUUUACUACAGUGUUGUUGUUUUGUUGUUGACAUUUCGUUUAAUAACAAUGUGAACUAAAAGGACAGAGCAGAUGUUUUUUUUCUGAAUGCAGCCCCGGGCAGCUCCGGUUAUAGUUGAUAGUAAUGUUAUAAAAUAAAUACAUCAUUUUUUUUAACAAGAUUCAUCCAAUUGGGCAACUUUUAUAAAGUAUCUUUAAAGACAGAUGAGUUAUCCUUGAUUUACCACAAUGGCUCCGUAAAACACGAAAGAUUCAUAAAAAUUUAUUUUUUUUAUCUCGUAAAAUUUGUUAAAUUGUUGUUGUAUUCCAAUAAAAAGAUGGUAUAUAACUUUUAAAAUACUUUUUAUAAAGAAUUAACAUAAGUUUACACGGGAAAAUAAGAGAUUCAAACAGAAAUAAUAUACGCACCUGAACUGCACUUUUACCUAUACCGAAAUGCCUUGCUACAACAGACCAAAUUUAGGUAAACAAAAACUUAGAAAAGUCUUUUAUGAUUGAAAAUUAUAAGUGCUAUGUAAGCUAAUGAAUUUCCAUUUAUUAAGAUUGAUAAAAGCAUCGUCUUAUCUUAAGUUAUCUUUUACUUUGUUAUUGUGGUGGGCCGUACUGCCAUAGUUACAUUUCAAAAGCAUGACAUGUGUAAACCAUUGUGGUAUGUGGUUAUUUAUAUAAAUUUAUUGCACCUGUUCAAGAUGUCCCAAUUCAAUGAUAGUUAUUGCCAAGGCCAAGGAUGCAUUAUUUUGAUGUCAAUGAUGAUAAUUUCUCAUGAAAGGUGUUUUUUAAUUUUUAAAAAGCAUCAACUUUAUCAACUUUACAAUUGUGGAGCCAGCUCUUGAUAAAAAUUUGUUACUCUUUGCCCUCUUGACAUGAAAAUGCCUAAAAUUGCAAAUAAACUGAAUUGUUUAUGAAUUCCCCGCUCACUGUCACAUACCCAUUAUGUGUUGCCAAUUUUAUAUCUCCCUUGUUCAUUAAUUUUGCAAAAACUGAAUAUGUUCAUUGGUAUUAAUUUAAUAUUAUUUGGACUUGGUUCUUUCCUUUUUUACUGCAGUAAAAAAUAAAUAAAUUUGCCGAAGAUUCAUGCCCCUUUUUUAAAAGCAUUGAGGCUGACAAACCAACAAGUCUGGUGUAAGGUGAAUGUGGAACCAAAUGACUUUGGUUAAAUUUUAAGAUUAUGUCAAGUUUAGCAGCCAAAAAUUUCUUCUAUUUAAAAUUUUUUUGUCAGUUCCAAAAUAAUUUGUUAUUUAAUGUUGCAUCUGGUAACUGAAAUUUCAGGCUCUCUGUUACUCCAGCAGACAGCACCGUGGGAAUCACUGUUGCAAUCUUCACUCCACUUCAAAAUGUUCAUCUUUAAAAAGACAAUGGAAACACAGUUUAUCUAUAGCACUACCAGUUUUUGUUCCAUCUUUAUCAUAUUAUUCAAUAAUGCCAACCAAAAGAAAGUUUUCAACUUCUCAAAAAGAUGAACCAGAUCCUUCCUAUCUUGAAAUAGACCCAUACAAAUUAGUGGCUGAAGAAAUGGAAGGUUUAGCUAAUGAUAUUAAAAUGGUAAGGUCUUAUACAAAUAUGAACAAAUUACUUGGUACUUUUUUCUAUUGUCAGUGAGUGCUGUUGUGCAUCAUACUUAGUCAAACUGUUGAGAUUAUUGUAACGAAACUUAUAUGACUCUUAUAUAUGCCAACAAAAGAAUUAAGAAAAUUAUAAAAAACAAUUUUUUUUUAAAUUUAUCUCUUUUUUUGUUGUAAUAAUUUUAAACCUCUUUAUAGCAAGGUAUACAAGGGGGCCUUGUUUUAACCCUGAAUCUGUUCAUUUAUAUUUUUCAGUGUCUUAAAACAGAAGAACCACUGCUCAAAACAAUGUCACAUUAUUAUUUUGAUGGAAAGGGGAAGACAUUUCGCCCACUUGUAUCCCUUCUUAUGUCCAAGGCUUGCAACAUUUCCAGCAAUAUAGGUGAUAGGUAAUUCAUUUAUUGCAACUUGGAAAAAGAUAUGCUAAGGCUUUCAAAAAAAAAAAAAAAAGAUAGAUAAGAGUAUUUGAUGGAAAGGGGAAGACAUUUCGCCCACUUGUAGCCCUACUUAUGUCCAAGGCUUGCAACAUUUCCAGCAAUAUAGGUGAUAGGUAAUUCAGUUAUUGCAACUUGGAAUAAGAUAUGCUAAGGCUUUCAAAAAAAAAAAAAAAAGAUAGAUAAGAGUUCAGUUAUUGAGCCAGUCUCACUUAAAUAUAAUAGCAUCUAGGUUGUUGUUUUUUUAACUUAGCACAUUGAUGAUUGCAUAUUUAUCUAUUUUAUGUAAUUCAAUUAAUUUUACUGGUACCUUAAAUUUUUUUUUUAACUAUUAAUUUUCACUGUUAUCUUGCACUGAAAUGCUUUUCAUCAAAAAGUAGAUAUGUAGAUAAAAAAUAUGAUAAUUAUGUAAAUCAAGCUAUCUUUUAUAAAAAUACAUUGAACUAAUUCUUUUCUGUAUGAUAUGUGGUAAAGAUGUCAACAGUUAUAAUUAAAACAUCAAUUUGCAAAAUAACUUGAAAGACUUUAAGCCAUAGAUUUUAAUAUGAACAUUUUUUUUUAAAGUAUAUAAUUUUUCUUGUUUAUUUUUAACCUUCAACAAAAGGGAAGAGUUUUUUGAAAAUUUUAUUUACAUUUUUAAUACUAGUCUAUGGUUGUUUGCAGUGUUUUAGAGAAACAAAAGACAGUUGCCAUAGUAGCAGAAAUGAUUCACACAGCCAGUCUUGUGCAUGAUGAUGUUAUUGAUGCAUCAGACACUCGUAGGGGACAGUCAAGCUUAAAUAAAAUGUAUGGACAAAGAAGGGUAGGUUAAAAAAUUUCUUCAUAUAGCAGACUCAAAUAAAAUAUAAUUGAUACUUUUUAAAAUACUUAGCUAUAAUGUUUAUUUUGGUUUUUUUUGCUAUUUCAGUCCAUACUUGUUGGAGACUAUAUACUCUCUCAAGCAUCUAUUGCACUUGCUAGAACAGGCAACCCAGACGUUAUAACUAUCCUUUCUUCUGUUUUAGGUGACUUGGUUAGUGGUAAGUUUGAACUAUCUUGUUGUUGCAUGUAAUAUUAAGGCCUGUAAGAUACUUAGGUUUUCAAACUUAUGGGAUUCAAAUAAAUUCUUGGUUUGUUGAGCUCAUGCAGAUAUUUUGAAAUAAAUCUUUUACAAACAUAUUUCAGGUGAGUUCAUGCAGUUAGGUUCUAAAGAAGAUGAAAAUGAGAGAUUUUCACAUUAUUUGAAGAAAACUUAUAAGAAAACUGCAAGCCUCAUUGCCAACACAUGUAAAGCUGUAAGUUUGAUAGUAUUGUGAUUGCAAUUAAAACUAUUAGAUUUAUUCUUGAUCAAUUUGGAUUGUUUUGUUUCAAAAGUCAUAUUUUAAUUUUGAAAAAUGCCCAAGACUUCUGAACAAAUUACUUAAAAAAUGAAAAAUAUACAGUUGAAGAGUAAAAAAUCUUUCAAAUUUACUAGUAAUUUUUAAAAAAAUGCAUCUAAAAUUUAAAAAAAAGGAUUUUAAGUUGUUUGUUGUUUUAUUGAGUUUUGUUUUCUUAAAAAAAUUUUAGGUUGCUAUUCUUGGGCAAUGUGAUGAAGAGAUGUCAGAACUAGCUUAUCAGUAUGGGAAAAAUCUGGGCAUUGCUUUUCAGGUGUGUGAUUAAGAUAGGAUUCGUAGUUAACACAGACAGGUAAGAAGGUUGUGCUAGUUAAUCAUCUUGUUUUAUAAAAGACAUGAGCAAGUCAGUCCUUCCAUCAUUUAAUGAAAUAUAAAAUGAGUAAAACAAAGUAGGGUUACACAGACCUAUCGCAGUGGACUUACCACUCCUCUUUUCUUUCCUCUCUUCCCUAUUUAAUCACUCACUCACUUACUUUCUGUCACAAUUCAUUUGCUUCCCACGGAUACUACUUCUAAGCUAAGUGAUAUUUUUUCAUUUUAUUCUGUUUUUUCUGUUGUUUUGUCCGCUGAUGAAGGCUUCCCGCCGACACGUUCGUUGUUUUGUUGUGUUCCUUUUUUCAGGUUUAACCCUACUUUGUUUUACUCAUUUUAUAUUUUGCUAACAUGAUUGCAGUCUCUCCACUUAUUACGCUCCAUCAUUUGUGCUAGUUUUAAUUUGGAAUUAUAAAAUCAAAGGAAAAAAUAUUCCAUUCUUGAUAUCCAUUUUUAAGAAAAACUGAAUGAAGUAAAAAUUCUAAUCCUAAUUAAAUUUUGUAAAUACUUGUGCAAAUUCCAUAAAAUAAUUUUAAAAAACAAUGAAAAUCACCAAAAUUUAAUUUUGAGUUAUGUUAUGCAUUUUUUAAUAUAGAACAAGUUAAGUUUAAAUGAUACAAGUAUUAUAAAUAAAUAAAGGAAUUAAUACUUGUGCCAAUCAACCAAAAGCACAGAGAAUGCCAAGGUUGUGAUUGUAAAAUAGCACAAAUUGGACAUCUGCAUUUUGUCUCAUCAAGUGUGGACCUUUGCGGGCAUCAGCACAGGAUCUGCUUUGAAGUUUUGUUUACUUCUAUUGAUUACCUUUUUUUUUCAUUCCAUUGGGAUCAUCUCAUAUUUAUUUCUAUAGCACAUGAUUCAGAAAUUCUUAUGUCUCAUUUGUUUUCCUAAGCUUGUGGAUGAUCUUUUGGACUUCAUCUCUAGUGAUAUGGUGAUGGGUAAACCUACAGCUGCUGAUCUUAAACUAGGGUUAGCCACAGCUCCUGUCUUAUUUGCUGCUCAAGAGGUAAGCUCUGUUUGGAAAAUUAAUUGAUUCACAAUUUAAACACUCAUUUCUAGAUUUAUAAUUAUAAUAUAUAGUGUAAGGUAGAUACAUUAUUUUAAUGUAUUUAUUUACUGGUACAUAGACAAUCAGUUUAAAAUCCUAUAUAAAGCUUCCCUAGUCAUAAACUAUAUUUUAAAAAAUGCAUUAUGACUUUGCUUUUUAAAAAAUUCAUUUGAUUAUUGACAAGUCAAAAUACUAUUGCCUACGUUUUUAAUUAUCUUUUUUAUAAUUACUAUUAACUGGUUCUAUUUGCAUUUUUGCCUAUAGUAUCCUGACCUGCAUGCUAUGAUUAUGAGACGAUUUACUGAGGAAGGUGACGUUGAACAGGCCAGAUAUUUUGUUGCUAAGGUAAAAUUCUUACAAUUAAUGAUAUUGCUAUUUAAAAAUCCCUUUGUAACUAAUGGACUGGUCUUCUGGUACAAUCAAGCUAGAAUCUUUUAAAUGAAAUAUGUAAGUGAUUAAAUAAAUUCACAUAAAGGCAAUGUUAAAGAUUUUCUUUUUAAAUAAUGAUUUGCAAUUUACUUAUGAUAUUACUUGUAAUAAUGGCUCUACCAGACAAUGUGUUCACUAUGAAGGGGCUCUUGACUAAAGUGAUUUUGUAAAGCAAAACAGGGCCCUUGUAUCAGAACCAGGCAGUCAUUUCUUAAUUUGAUGUAUUUUAACACUUCAAUGCCAAUCAAACUAUGAAAAUAAGUUAUCAAAAUAAGUUAUCAAAAUAAGUAUUACAUUGAACCUGUGACUUUUUAUUUGCACUUGGCUGUCAUAGACCAUUAAUACCCUCUCUGACCUGCAGUUGAACGGCAUACCCGCAUACCCCCAUUUACACCAUACACCAAUGUUCACUUGCUCUGACGUCUACCCAAUGUUAUGCCAUAAAUAAAAUUACAUGACACUUCAUGAGAUGGGAUACAUAGAUAUGUCUUACAUAUUCAAAGAAAGUUAAAUUUUCAUACCCACCGUGAUGCAUCUGUACAUUUUUGGAUGCCUCCCCCCCUAUUCAUAAAAGAAAUGAGCUGCUUGUCCCCUCAUCAUAUGAGACCCCCUCCUGUUAGGUGUCCAUAUGCAAAAGCUCCCAAUCCAACAUCCCACUCAGUGGUUAGAUAAAAUAUUGAUUGCCUCUUGUGGGGUAUUCCAUAAGGUUGGUUAGAUAGAUAUGCCAUAUUCUGCCUUACAUGACACAUUUCUAAUAAGUUUCCUCCUUGGUACCUUAUGUAUAAAGCUGAUGAAGUUAUUUUAAUAGCUUAUUUAAUUUAAAUCCAAAAUGUAUGAAGGAUGAUUGCCCUUACUUUCCCUCUUUGCCCCUUGACAUCGAUGUCAAUGGCCAUUCCACCAGACCUGCUUACCCUCAAACUCUUAAAAUCAUGCAAUAUCAUCAUAAAAUCGUUCAAUACAUUAUCUUAAUAGUAAAAAAAUAAACAUACAGUAUAUAUAAUUAUACACCCCAAAAUCGUACAUUGUACGCCAGAAUCGUAAGAGUAAACAGGUCUGAUCCCACUGAAGUAGGUUGGCACUUGGCCUGCAUUGCCUCAACUAUUGACUGGUUGACCAUUUACAAGAAAAGCUUGCUCUUAAAGCGAGAGACCAUCGCAUACAUAAUAACAACAUUAGUUUUACAUUUUCACAGGUUGUAAACUUUAUUAUUGGAAAAUGGGGCUCAUGUUACAGUCAAAUUUUGAGAGAAAUAUUUCUUAAAUCUCUUAUUCCUAUAGAGUGAUGGAGUACAACAGACCAAGUUGCUUGCCUUACAACAUAGUAAAGAGGCCAUAAAAAAUGUCCAAGAUUUUGCCAGCUCAGAUGCCCAGAGAGCACUUAUACACUUGGCUAAAAUUUUGUUAGAAAGGAAGAAAUAG